CGAACUUCACGGACCACAACAGAAAGCGACUGUGUCCAGGUCGGAUAAAACCCGAUGUAGUAUCAGUUUUAUCACUUUUAAUCAUUGAAAUCUAAGAUAACUACGCAGAGGCAUGGCUGGUUUACCACCGGGAGACCCACAGCUGGUCUCAAUGAUCGUCAAUCAUUUAAAAACACAGGGGCUCUUCGACCAGUUUAGGAGGGACUGCCUGGCGGACGUUGACACAAAGCCAGCUUACUUGAACCUGAAGCAAAGAGUGGACAACUUUGUCUCUAAUCACCUCUCUAAUCACACAUGGAGCCCACAUUUGAACAAGAACCAGCUGAGAAACAACAUCAGACAGCUUGUGCUGCAAUCUGGGAUGCUGGAGCAGGGAGUGGACAGGAUCGUGGCCCAAGUGGUGGAUCCCAAAAUCAACCACAUCUUCAGGCCACAGGUGGAGAGGGUGGUCCGUGAAUUCCUGUCACCUGGCAGCUGCUCUGAGGAGCCACUGGCCCCACUGCCUUCAGCUGAGACGAAACCAGACAGCAGCAUUCCUGAGCAGGCCUCAUCCUCAUCCUCCGCUCCCACUACCACUGCAGCCAGUGACGCCAUGUCCAUACUGGACACAAUAACUUCUCUCAAUCAAGAGGCCAGCGUCAGGGCCGGCUCAGGCACAGAUAAAGGACGUAAAGGCCAAGCUUCAGAUGAGCCCAUGCAGCUGGUCGAGGAGAGCGAGCAGGAUAUGAGUGUUGUGGAGGAAGGAGACAGUCACCAUGAAGGGAGGAUUCUGGAAGAGGCAGAGGAAACAAAGGUGGCAUCAGAGAUCCAGGCACUAGAAGUGAAGACAGAGGACACUCUGGAACAGAUGGAUCUGGGAAAAGAGGGGUUAAUCGAAGAUGUGAAAAUGGAGGUUGAGGAGUCAGUAGCUCAGGAGCAGACAGAGGAGGAAAAAGACAGUGCUCCCAGCCGAACCACUGGAAAACCUUCAGAAGAGAAGCAGGACGAGGAGCUACUGAAAUCUACAAGUCAGGCCAAGCAGAAAGCCAAAGAGAGGAUAAAGGAAGAAUACUCUUUGGAGGACUCUGACCUGGAGGGCCUGAGCGACAUCACAGUGAGCUCUGUCCACACCAGCGACCUGUCGUCAUUUGAGGGCGAAAGCGAAGAUGAGGAGCUCCUGUCUGACUCUUCUGAAGAGGGAGAGCUUCCACCUGAUGAUCAAGAUGAAAAAGCAGAAAAGAAAUAUGCCAGUGGAGAUGCAGAAGAAGAGCGUAAGCCUCGCCGCAAGGCCUACGUUCACAAGCCCUUCCUCUACUCCCGUUACUAUAGCGACUCAGAUGAUGAAAUCACAGUGGAGGAACGUCGGAGAUCUGCUGCAAAGGACAAAGAGGAAAGGUUGCUCAAGAGACAGCAGAACAGAGAACGUAUGGAAGAAAAACGUAAACAGAAAGCAGUGCAGGCUGAAGAACAAGAUCACAAAAAACAAAAGAGUGGAGACUCUGCUGGGCUGGAGCGCCCCAGAGCCAAAGAGGCUCGCAAAGAAAGGAAAGUUCUGGAGAAAAAAAUGGCUCUCAACAGGAAGAGGAAACUAGACUCCAGGAAAGAAGGCGAUGCUGCAUACAAGAAGAAAGGAGACACAGGAGGAGAGGGAUCCAAGAAAGUGGAAGUGAAAUCUACCACCUCAAAGACUCCACAGCCAAAACUGAUAAGAAAUCUGUCAGAAUCAGCAUCAUUUGACGAGAGGCACAGAAGGACGAGCGGCAGCGUCUCAGAAGAUUCCAGUGAGGCCAAAAAGCUGUCUGACAGAGGCCGGACUCACUCGUUCAUCCUGGAGCUGGAGCAAGGUUCCCAGGAGGCUCUUAAACAACGUUCAGUUGGAAAAUUUGAUCGUCUGUCCCGUAAAGAACAUCACUCUAAAGACCGCAAAGAGAAAGAACGCAGCCUUUCAGAUGAACGUGCCAAACUCAAACAAAAGCAGGAAAAGAAAUCUGAACAUCAGGCAGAUGAAUCUCAGCAGAAGGAAGGUGUUAAAGUGUCAUCUGAAGAGAAAGGUGAGAAGAAGCCAAAGAUUAAAAGUGAGAAGAAAAUGACAGGAAACACAAGAGAAGGAAAGGCACCUGUGCCUGAAGGUGUUUCUGAUGAGGGUCCUAAAGAUGCAAAGAAGGUGAAAGCUCCAUCCACCGAGGCAGUCAAAGCAGAGAAGGACAAGGACAAACUGAAGGACAAAAUUAGGGAAAAGGACAAAGAGAAAGAAAAGAGCAAAGAAAAGGAAAAGGCUAAAGGAGAGAAGACUUCAGCUAAAAGUGAUUUCAAGCAGCUACUCCGCCCAGACUCUGCUGGGUCCUCUGAGGACCGUUCCGACAUGGAGCCGGGUCCAGACAGCAACAAGAAGAAAGAUAAACACUCCAAGGAAGUCCUGAAAAGGUCAAAGAGUCACAGUGAGGACAGGCAAGGAGAAAAGCCUAAAUCUACAACAGGUAUUAAAGACAGCGAGAAGGAGAAGACAAAACCAGAUCAAGACAGCCAGAAAUCAAACAAGUCCGGCUCUGAAACAGACAAAGAUCCAAAAAAAGUUAAGGCAGCAGAAAAAGGAAGAGUCAUGGAAAAAUCAAAAUCCAAAGAGGAAACAAAGACUCCAUUGUUAUCAAAGAUCGAUAAGAAAGUUCAAAGUUCAGAAGUCAAAAGUGCAGGGGGCUCAUCUCUCAGCAAACCUGAAGCUACAAAGGAGAGGAAAAAAGACGGAACUGCGAAGGAACAGCGGAAAGUCUCGGAAGAACCUUCACAUGAGAGAGCAGACAUUAAGAGUGCAAAGAAAAAACUAGAGAAGAAGGAUAAAGCCCCAGAAAAGAAAGACGAUAGCCAAGAAGAGAGGAAGGCACCUAGAGAAGACAAACUGGAAAAGUCUGAUAAAUCUUCAAAGUCUUCAGUUUCCUCAGUGAGUCUAGAGACAGAAGAGCCUCCUAAGAAACAGUCUCUUCUCCAAGACACGAGCACAGACUCUGAUCCCAUCACCACCACUGUCACCACCUCGUUCUCAGACGACACCUGCGAUGCUUUAAGCGACAUCACCCCUGAGCCACCCGAAGGAGAAGCAGAGUCACGACUCAGUGAGAUGCCUGCUGUGCCGGCGGAGGCCGACGCUCUGCUGACUCUUAUGGACGUUUGUACCUCAGCAGAGGCCAGACUUCCACCUGAGAGCGUUCGAGAGGAUGUGACUGCUGAGAUGGAGCUUCAGGAUGCUGAUAUGAAAAUGAAAGAGGCAGCUCUGACUCUACUCUCUAUGGAUCCUGACAGUACAGUGUCCCCCAGCUUAAUAAGUCAAGAUACAAUGGAAGAACCAGAGGUGAAUCUGCCCGCUCCACAACCAGUGGAAACAGCUGCAGCUGGAGGGGAAGAGCAGCAUCCUCCUAUGGAUGUGCAGACAGCUGCUGAAACUGAGCUCACAACCACUGAGGUGUCACCAGUUCCAGCUCAACAAACUGCUGAGCUUGUUGAUGAAAAAACAAACACUGCAGAUGAGUCUGAAAACUCAGAAAGAGAAAUGGACACGUCUGAGGUUGAAACUUCUAAGAUGUUUGUUCCACAGGAGGAUGACACUACCUCAAAUGAACUCCAGGCUUCUUUGAAUGAGGAUGAAGCCAACAAGGCAGAAAUUACUCCUGAAACACAGCCAGAAGAGAAAUUGGCAUCACCAGCAGCUGGCAAAGAAGCCGCUGAUGCUGUUGUGUCUGAAACAGCAGACGUCAAAGGAAGCACAGAGGAAAACGUAGUGGCUGUUGUUUCUGAUAUCUCUGAACAAGUCUCCGAAAUGUCUAGUAAACAAGAUCAAAGUGAGCCAGAUGUUGCAGACACAAAGACAAGCCCCACGGCUGAGGAAGUGGUAGCUGAGGAGAACCAGGCCAAGAUGGACCCAGAUAACAGUGAAGCUGAGAGUAAGACGGAGGAGGAAGAAAAUGUUGCAGCAGAGAAGAGUGAUCCUCAAGCUAUGGAAACCAGUGUUCCAGAGAAGAUGGAAGAGGUUGGAGAAAGUGAACCUGAGUGUCAGUCCAAACUAGUCAAACAAAUCAGUAACGUUUCCAGCACAGACAGCCAGGAAGGUGAGAAAGGAUCAGACCUUUCAGAAAAGGAAGAGAAAACAGAGGGAAGAGGAAGACGUAAAAGAAAACUUUCCAGUCAGAAAGUUGCAGCAGAGAAGGAAUCUGGUGAUGAGAGGGGUGAGAAGGAAAGUAAGGACCAACUGUCUGAUGAGGAAACUGAGCAGGAGAAGGUUGUAGAGGCCAAAACACCUCGCAGGGGGAGAUCAUCCAGAUCAGCUGAGGAGGCAGCGAAGGACCAGCCUAAAGAACCUGAAAGGUCUGAGGAGACUCCGAGUCGCAGGGGAAGACGUGCGGGAGCUGCACCCAAAGAAGCCACUGCUGCCUCAGAUAAUCAGAAGAAAGAUGAAAAUAAAGAGGAGGGGAGCGCUGAUAAAACCUCAUCAGAGAAGGAAGAGAGAACUGAAGACGAAAGUGCACCAACAAAUAGUGAUCAACAGGAAAGUCAGGUUCAUUUGCCGACUCUUUUUCCAGAGGACUCUGAAGGUGCAGGAAACAUGGACGCCAAAGAGACCACUGACAUACCUGAACCGGCAGCGAAGAGAAAGAAGUCAGAGGAAAUGGAAGAAUCUGCAGAGGAAGCCAAGACUGAUAAAGAGGUGAAGGAGGACAACAGUCAGCAGGAACAAAGCGAGCAACAGCCUGAAAAAGACAGCGGUGGUUCUCCCUCAGUGAGCCAGCCGGAGGGACAAGAGGAGGUCAAAGAGGAGAGCCACAGUGAGAAGAAACCAGAUGAUGGUGAGGACGAGCAACAGCAAGAGGACCAAGAGACGACUCCAAAGAGAACUGCUCGGAGAGGACGGCCCUCAAAGGCAGCAGCAGCCGCCACAGAGGAUUCAGAUAAAAAGGACAAAAAGGCAGAAGAAAAAGAAGGUGAGCAGAAUGAUGAAGAGGAGGAGGAUGAUGGUGAGGAAGGAAAAGAAACUGCAACCAGAGCGACCACACGUUCAGCCUCUCGCCUGGAAGCUGAAAGAAACAAGCCAAGUAAACCAUCCACCCGGGCAAGUCGUCAGAGCGGUAAAGAGGAGACCGCAGCUGGCACACGUGGGACGAGGGGCCAGGCAACAGCAGUGAAGGGGGGCCGCAAACGGGAGGCCAGCCCUCCUGCGGUGAGAACGCGGGGAGGACAGAAAUCAGAGGAGCCCCCUUCCAAGAGAGCCAAACGCUGAAACCUCUGACAGCAGUGGACCCGUUUGCCCUGGCAGUGUUUUUUCCUGCACUCCAUAUCCAAGUCAGUUUUGUUACUGGGGGUCAAAGAGCCUCUGCAGUCAGUUAGCACGUAAAGCUGUUUCUGCUUCAUUGACUGUAGAUAUUGAAAAGCUCUGGAUAGUAUUAUACACUCUCUUCUGAUGGUUGAGUGUAAACCUGCGGAUCUGUGUAGGAAUCCCCCAGAAUACUUUGUACCCCACUACGCUCAUAUGGUUUGGAUCAGACUUCAUCAUUCCUCCGUUUAUUCUGUAAUGCACAGUGAUCCCGAGUAUUUCAGGCCAAUCAAAGGCCUAAUGUGCAGCCGAGCCGUGCUUUGAGAUAAAGAGGGUAAGCUGAAAUUAGCCGUCAGUCAUAGACCUCUACAGACGUCACUGUUACACAUUCAUGUUAUUUCUGAUUAGUAAAUCCAAACGCUUGUAGAGAUAGAAAUCACGGUGAAUGGUUUAGCAUUAAUAUUCAUUCUGUGAAUGAAAGGAGAAGUUUUUCUCCUUCUUUUUUUUUUUUAAGUAUUUGUUUUUAUAUGUAAUAUUCAGAGAGUAUUUCUCUGUUGAAAUACACUGACAGGAAGAACAUGACAGAACAUGAACAGUUUCUAUAAACUCAGUCUUCUUCAUGACAUAUUUCUAACAACAUCCACUGCAGACAAAGUACUGUUUCUUCUGGAGGUUAUCUUGAUACUUAUAUUGUUUUGGAGUUAAGUGUAUAUCAGUAUAAUGGCGUUGGAUAUCUUUCCCAACGAUGUAAAGACAGUUGUUUUUCAUGCUUUAAGCAAGGACAAAUUCCGUUAGGUUCUCACGUGUGGUCAGCGAUCAUAAUUUCUUUUUUUGCAUUUUGCUUUCUCUUUUUUAAGUUUUUAUUUUUAAUACUAAAAACUAAUAACAGAAGUUUUUGAGCAUCCCUCGAUUGAAGUUUAUUCUUUUCUUUACAACAAACGUGGUCACAGCUCUAGAAGCAAAUGAAAGCAGUUCACACUGGUCUAUUCUUAUAUUUUAAGAUCUUACACUUUUCUCUGACUUUUAUACAGCUUGCAGUUAAUCCACAUACCCGCUGAUUAAAACGUAUCUGUGCAGAAAAUACUUACGUUCUAGUUUUCAUAGAUUUUCUUUGCUCCAAAGUGUAGCGCUUUUGAGAAGUUGAGAUCUAUGUUUAUGAAAAGAUAAAAUAGUGCACAGAA